UUUAGCUGUGAAAAGUUACAUCACGCGCAUGUUGUUAGAGAGAAAAAGUUUACUUAAAAAUUUUCCCUAGUUUCAUCGUUUAAUUUGUGGAAAAUAUUUAUUCAAUAGUGGCUCUGGUCAGUAUAUUGAAAGCGUUUGCUUGCAACUCCGAGAAAUGUAUUAGUUCACGGACCGUAGCAAAAGAAAUUUGGCUCUUGCGACUAUGUCAGAGACGAACCAGUUGUAUCUUUGAUUUGCUAAAACAAAGUGCAUUGCUAGAUAAUCCCAACGAUCCGAAGACUGCACCGUUUAGUGUGUGUGAUAUCCAAUUCUAAGGCUUUUCUACAUCGCAAUUAUCACAUAACGCAUUAUCAACCUGUGAAAAUAAUCGAAACAAAGCCCGAACACACAAGUAUCUUUCUAAUCAGCUUCUUUUUGCUACUACUACUAUUACUAUGCUUUUCGCUACCGUCACCAAAACUCAAACGUAACGGUAUAAACAAACGUGUUAUCUCACGGGGAAAAAAUCAACCGCGCGCCCGUCGAUUCAACAAAACUUGUGAUUUCAUUAAAAACCUGACACUGAACAAAUGGCCGCCUAUCUGAAUCGCACGCUAUCGAUGAUGACCGGUGCGAACGGUGCGGUUUCGGCCUACGAAACGGCGGCAUUGAUUGACGCUAACGCUUCGCCCCGGGGGUUGCACACCGGUGCCGGAAUCGUUGGACACAACGACGUUUCUCCGCUGCAGAUCUUCGUACGGGCCAAGAAAAAGAUUAACGACAUAUUCUGCGAAAUCGAGGACUAUGUGGGGGAAACGACCAGAUUCAUCGAGGCUCUUCCAGCGAUAGUUGAAAUCGUCGACAAGGCGGAGGCAGAAAUGUUUAGAAGCUACGUGUUAAAGGUGUCUGGAAUCCGAGAGGUUCUAUCUCGUGAUCAUAUGAAGGUAGCUUUCUUCGGACGAACAUCUAACGGCAAGAGCUCUGUCAUAAACGCUAUGUUACGGGACAGAAUUUUACCAAGUGGAAUUGGCCAUACCACCAACUGUUUCUGCCAGGUAGAAGGUGUCGAUGGGGACGAAGCUUAUCUGGUGAAGGAAGGGUGUGAUGAAAAGCUGAGUGUUAAGUCUGUCAAACAAUUGGCCAAUGCCUUGUGUCAGGAAAAACUCUCGGAAAGCUCCAUGGUACGAAUAUUUUGGCCUCGCAAGCGAUGCAGCUUAUUACGGGACGAUGUGGUAUUUGUCGAUUCGCCUGGGGUAGAUGUGUCGCCAAAUCUGGACGAUUGGAUCGACAAUCAUUGCCUGAACGCUGACGUGUUUGUCCUGGUGCUAAACGCGGAGUCGACAAUGACUCUAGCGGAAAAAUCAUUCUUUCAUGAAGUAUCAACUCGGUUGUCCAAACCAAACAUAUUUGUGUUGAACAAUCGUUGGGACGCCUCUGCCUCGGAACCGGAAUUUCAAGAAUCGAUGGACCUGGAAAAGGUCAAAGCACAGCAUCAAGAGCGUUGCAUGGACUUUCUAGUGAAAGAGUUGAAGGUGGCAACCCAAAAAGAAGCAGACGAACGAGUGUUCUUCGUGUCGGCUCGCGAAACACUUCAAGCCCGGUUAAAUGAGGCCGAAGGAAAACCCGCAAUCGCCGGUGCGCUGGCUGAUGGUUUCCAAAAUCGUUAUUUCGAGUUUCAGGACUUUGAACGCAAAUUCGAGGAGUGCAUCUCCAAGAGUGCCGUUCGGACUAAGUUCGAGCAGCACAGUUUGCGAGGCAAAGGCAUUUCCAGUGAAAUGCGUUCGAUGUUAGAUGACAUCUACGAGCGAGCGAACGUGCUGCGAAACCAAAAACUAGACCAAAAGAAAAAACUAACCGAUCGGAUUGCCAGCACCGAGACACAGUUGAUGCAAGUAACACGAGAAAUGAAGAUGAAGAUUCACAACAUGGUGGAGGAAGUCGAACAGAAAGUAUCGAAGGCACUGAAUGAAGAAAUUUGGCGGCUAAACAUUCUUGUCGAUGAGUUCAAUUUACCCUUUCACACCGAUGUCCUGGUACUGAACGUGUACAAGAAGGAAAUCAAUGCCCACGUGGAGAAUGGUCUCGGAUCGAACUUGAGGGCGCGCCUCAGCACGGCGCUAGCGAUGAAUGUCGAAACAGCACAACGUGAAAUGACUGAUAGGAUGACGGCUUUGAUACCCUCCGAGAAAAUCGUUGCUCACACCACUCAUAUUGUGACAAGAAAUCAACCCUUUGAAAUGCUUUACACACUAAAUUGUCAAAACUUGUGCGCAGAUUUUCAAGAGAACCUCGAUUUUCAAUUUUCCUGGGGAAUCACGGCUUUUAUCGCCCGCUUCAAUGGCAAAAUGCGAGCUGGCAAUAGAAAAGCAAUAACACACAAUAGACAGAAUAGCAACAUGAAUGUAUCGCAGAUAAUGUCGCCAAGUUCACCGAUGUGUCUUAUGCCCGAAAACGAGUUAAUUACACAAGAGCAGCUGUCAGUGAUAUCGAAGGUAGCGAUUGCAUCGAUUGGUUCCCAGGGUACUCUCGGUCUUUUGGUAGCAGGAGUGCUUCUCAAAACCAUCGGCUGGCGAGUGAUCGUUGGGGUGGGUGUUCUCUACGGUAGCGUUUAUCUGUAUGAACGGUUAUCGUGGACUAACACAGCGAAAGAAAAAAGUUUUAAGAACCAAUACGUACAGCAUGCAACGCGGAAGCUGAAACUGAUUGUUGAUUUGACAUCCGCAAAUUGCAGUCACCAGGUGCAACAAGAAUUAUCCAGUACCUUUGCACGGCUGUGCCGUGCGGUUGAUACUGCAACGACCGACAUGAACACCGAAUUAAAGGAUAUUGAAAACUCAUUGGCGGUGAUUGAGGCUAACCAGAAGCAAAUCAAGGUGCUGAGCAACAAGGCCAAUUUCAUUCAACGCGAACUGGAGAUUUUCGAUAGCAACUACAUCAAAGAAAACUGAAACCUAGAAUAUACCUAAAACGAGAUGAUAACUAAUAUAUUGUACUGAGGAGAAAAUAGUCAUUACUGCAAAACCAACGGUCAACACUUUAUUGACGGAAAGUUUAACUUAAAUUGCUGUUUAUAAAACAUUGUUAUUUUCGUUUGUGUUAAAAUUAAAUUUUAUCUUCAAAUAUUAUGACUUUUGGUGUAUCCAUAACCUACUUCGAAGCUUUUUGCAGCGACAUGGCAGUAACUAAUGCCGACACUUUAGUGCAGACUCUACGACAAGUCGGCACCGAUAUAUCGAAUGAAUAUUGUAGCUACUAAUAUAUAGAUAGCAGUGAACACUGACUAUAACAAAACUGUUUAACUGUGUAUUGUAUAUUGUAAGAAACUGUUAUAAAUGCUAGGAAAAAACGAAAAUAAAUCUACAAUUCUCCUGUCAUCUAGACAUAGCUAUCAAAUAUCGAUAGAAAAUACUGUUUGAAGUUCUGCGAACGAAACAAAUUAAUUGCCUACGAUUGGCCAAACUGUAGUUCUACUAAACCAAUCAUAGAAAUUGAUUCCUAGGGCCCCGGUGUAAUACAGUAGAACUGAAAGUUUUUUUAAACUCUGUAAAAUAAAUAGAUAUUAUUGAAACAAA